CCCACAUGAACAAAGAAAGAAAACACAGAGAGAAAAAAGUGGAGAAUUUGAAGAGAGGGUCUUGCAUACGUGAUUUCCAAAGGCCACACACACAAACACCGCAAAUAUAAAACACUCCAACCUCCUAAACAAAGACUUCACGUCCAAGCAAGAAAAAAGAAAACAGCUUUAUCUGAUAAAACAAGAGAAAAAACGAAUCAUUACCAAUUUCGAAGCUAAAAAUAAGAUCUUUCAUUUUGUUUUGGCGAAUCUGAAUAGAUCAGAGCGUGAUGUCUUGCUCAUCGUCAUCAGGGUCGGAGGAAGAUGAUGAGGGAUUCGACUCUUAUCGGAAAGGAGGGUACCACGCCGUCAGGGUCGGCGAUCAGUUCGCCGGCGGCAGGUACAUAGCGCAGAGGAAAUUGGGUUGGGGUCAGUUCUCCACCGUGUGGCUUGCUUACGAUACUAACACCUCUGUAUGUUUGAUCCCUAAUCUUCUUCUUUUUGCGGCCCAGUUUGUUCAGUCUGCCCUUCAUGAGAUCGAUGUUCUUUCAACCAUUGCUGAAGGUGACCCCUCAAAUUCGAAGUAUGUUGUCCAAUUGAUUGACCACUUUAAGCAUACAGGUCCAAAUGGGCAGCACCUUUGCAUGGUCCUUGAGUUUCUUGGUGAUAACUUGCUUCGUUUGAUCAGAUAUAACCGUUACAAAGGUCUUCCAUUGAAUAAAGUUAGGGAGAUUUGCAAAUACAUUUUGAUUGGUUUGGAUUACUUGCAUAGUGAACUUGGUAUAAUCCAUACUGACCUAAAACCUGAAAACAUUCUUCUACUUUCAACCAUUGAUCUUGCCAAAGACCCUUUUAGAUCUGGACUCUCCCCAAUUCUAGAGCGGCCUGAGGGAAACACAAAUGGUGGAUUUUCAAGUCUUAUUGAAAAAAAGUUGAAGAGGAGAGCAAGGAUGGCAGUUGCUAAGAUAUCUGGAAGAAGAGACUCAAUGGGAGGAACAGGAGAAGCUGCAAAGUCUGGUAGAAAUGUUGAUGGGAUUGAUGUGAGAUGCAAGAUAGUAGAUUUUGGAAAUGCAUGUUGGGCUAAUAAGCAGUUUGCAGAAGAAAUACAGACAAGGCAGUACAGAGCUCCUGAAGUUAUACUGAAGGCUGGCUAUUCCUUCUCUGUUGACAUGUGGUCUUUUGCUUGCAUUGCUUUUGAGCUUGCCACUGGUGAUAUGUUGUUUACACCCAAGGGUGGACAAGGUUUUAGUGAGGAUGAGGAUCACCUUGCCCUGAUGAUGGAACUCCUUGGAAAGAUUCCCCGGAAGAUUGCUAUUGCUGGAGCUCAAUCCAAGGAUUUCUUUGACAGGCAUGGGGAUCUAAAAAGGAUUCGAAGGCUAAAAUUUUGGCCACUUGACAAAUUGCUGAUUGAAAGAUAUAAGUUUUCAGUAAGUGACGCUCAUGAGUUUUCAGAAUUUCUUUUGCCACUUUUUGAUUUUGCACCUGAGAAGCGACCAACUGCACAACAAUGGCUGCAACACCCAUGGCUGAACUGCAAGGAGUCAACUCCAAAUGAAAUGAGAAAUGAAUCAACAGUGGAAAAGGUUAACGUUGGGAUGAGUAACCUUCAAAUCAAAGUGGGAAAGUGAAGGGGAGAAAUGUGUUUUGACCUGGUAAAAGUCAAAGUCACGUAUUGAAAUUUGAAGCCCCUCCUUCUACAUGGAUGACUAUUGAUUGUAUUUUUACUUCUUCUUUUUGCUUUGUUCAAGUUUAAUAAGAUUCUUUUAUUGGAUUAUUAACUACAAAGAUGUAACAUAGUAAAGAAUUUUGUUCAAACAGAGAUAUCUGACAACAGAAUUUGCUUGUAUAAU